AUGGCCAGCCCAAGUGGGGAAGUAACCCUAAGGGGGGAAGUCAUCCCGAGUGAAGAAGUAACCCUAAGGGGGGAAGCCAUCCCAAGUGGGGAAGCCAUUCCAUGUGAAGAAGUAACCCUAAGGGGGGAAGACCCCGCGGGGUGCCCCCAAAUGUACGUGGCCAUUUACAACAUAGGGAAGAAGAAAAACAUCGGGAGCAUCGUACGAAGUUGCGUUGCCUUCAGGGUCAGCAAAAUUUUCGUCGUGAGUCGAAAAAAAAACGAAGUCAACUUUUUUGGCCACAUGGGUACAUGUGAAUAUAUAACCAUAGAGUAUUUCUGCAGCAUGAAGGAGCUGAAGACCCACCUGCGCGAGAAUGACAUUUUAUUGUAUGGAUGCGAAAUAACAGGGAGUGCUAUACCUGUGACGAGACAUCCCUUUGUAAAUAAAGAUACGGCCUUUUUAUUUGGAAAUGAAGGAACAGGAAUUAAUGAUGAAACGCUCAGCUAUUGCGACAAAAUAAUUUAUAUCCCUCAGUAUGGCAAUGGCACGUGUUCUCUCAACGUGUCCGUUUCGUGUGCCAUCAUUUUGCAUCACUUUGCUGUGUGGGCGGAUUAUCCCGAGGUGGCCAUUUCGGGAAAAAAAUUUGUCCUCAAUAAAUGCGCAAUUUCCCUGGUUAAGCAGCAGGGAGCACGCCGCACGAAUUGA